AUGCAGAGCACGCCGCAUUUCAAUUCACAAAACAGAUGGAGAACUCAAAUCAUUUACAAAUAUGUCAAAGAUUCGCUCUUUUCUUGUUUUUAACAAGACGUUGAAAACAUUGCCUUUAGGAAGUAAAAUGUUAAGGGUUCUAGAUUUGGAGGAUGCCCCCAUUGAUGGAUUGCCUGAUGAAGUAUUUCAAUUAUUCAACUUAAGAUAUUUGAAUUUAAGGGGAACCUUACUUAAGAAGCUCCCAAAUUCUAUAGGAAAGCUCCUUAAUCUUGAAACCUUGGACAUUGGGGACACACAAAUAAAGACCCUUCCUCGUGGAAUAGGAAAGUUGCAAAAGUUGCGGCAUCUAAUUAUGUACUAUCGCUACAUUGAAAACUCGAAUGACUUUAAAUGUUUUACAGGGAUGCAAGUACCAUCAAAUAUCACUCAGUUAAAGAAUUUGCAAACUAUGGGUACUAUUGAAGCAGAUGAUGACUUGAUAAGAAAAAUUCGAAGCAUGACCCAAUUGACCACAUUCGGUAUUUCAAAAGUGAAAGCAGCAAAUGAGACGGAUUUAUGUAUCUCAAUUCAAAACAUGACAUGUCUUAGGAGCUUGGGUAUCAUGGUAACUAAUGAGGAGGAAACUCUCGGAAUGGAUGCACUCUCAUCUCCUCCUCCCAACCUUCGAAAGCUUAUUUUGACUGGAAAACUGGAGAAGGUGCCACAAUGGUUUUGUUCACUUCAAAGCCUCACAAAUUUGCAAUUGCAUUGGACAAGACUAGAAGAAGAUCUACUCCCUUACAUCGCUGCUUUGCCCCAUCUGGGACUUCUUUUACUUAUUAAUGCCUAUGUUGGACAACAGCUAUGUUUCAGUACAGGCUUUCUUAAGCUUACAAGAUUGGAGAUUCGUAAUUUGCCUCCACUGAAUGAGAUAAUAAUAGAAAAAGGGGUGAUGCCAAAUCUAAAAUCCCUAGAAAUUGAUAGCUGCAUGGAGUUAAAGACAGUGCCCAAGGGCAUUGAAUACCUUAAAAAUCUUCGACAACUGGAUUUGAAAUCUGUCUCAAUGGAACUUAAAAAUCGCAUUGAGAGAGAAGGAAGAUUAGAUUUUCCAAAGGUGAAGCACAUCCCAAAGGUGUACAUCUGGUAGUAAUUUGGAAUGUUGAAAGAAGUGUUGCAGUGCAUCCCAAAGAUAUACAUCUGGUAGUAAUUCGGGAAUGUUUCAUGAAGAAUAAUGCUGAAGAUUAUGAGUUUGCCUUGUUUGCUUCAAAAGGAUUCUGUUUUGUUUGUAGCUCUAAUUCUAAGUAUUGUUUGGGUAUUCUAGUUAUUGUUCAAUAUAUUAAUACUCAAAACUUUGUUUCUUAUUUGUUUGUAAUAAAUGUAAAAGUUUGAAGCCUUUGUGGCAGUUUGUGGGAAGAUUGUCAUUGGUUCAACAGUGGAUUGUAAUUUGUAUGUAAUUUAGCUUGUGUAAAACAGUUAACAUCCAUGUGAAUUGUGUUCUAUUGUUUCUGAGUUUUAUA